CCCAAUGCAGCCUGUAGCCCAUUCAAAGGCCUACUGUUGGACCUCUGCUUAUUUUGCAAUACGUCUUUAGUACGGACUGAAAAAUGUCCGAUUUCGAUGAGUUUGAGAAGCAGUUAAGCGAAAAUCGGCAAGAGCGGGAGAAGGAGCGACACAAGAAGCGUAGCCGCAGCCGGUCUCUGAGCCGUGGCGAGAAGCACCGCCGCUGGAGCAAGGACUCCAGGGGGCGGAGUCACGAGAAGCGCAGCAGCAGCCGCGACCGCAAGGGUCGUGACCGACGGAGCAGCUCACGCGAGCACAAGAAGCACAGCUACUCUCCUCGGAGAAGCCGUAAGAAAAGGACAUACAAGUACUGGGAUGUUCCCCCUCCGGGAUUCGAGCACAUCACCCCCAUGCAGUACAAGGCAAUGCAAGCUGCAGGGCAGAUCCCCACGAUAGCUUUACUGGCAACAUCCACCACCAGCGGCGUGGCAGUGACGCCCACCCAGGUGCCGAUGGUCGGCAGCCAGAUGACCCGGCAGGCCAGGCGGCUUUAUGUCGGCAACAUCCCCUUCGGCCUGACGGAGGAGGCCAUGGCGGAUUUCUUCAAUACCCAGAUGCGAUUGGCUGGCUUAUGUCAAGGUCCCACCAAUCCCGUCCUCGCUGUUCAGAUAAACCAGGACAAGAACUUUGCCUUCCUUGAAUUUCGGUCCGUGGAUGAGACCACGCAGGCAAUGGCCUUCGACGGCAUCAUUUUCCAGGGUCAGUCGUUAAAAAUCAGGCGGCCCCACGACUAUCGCCCCCUGCCUGGCAUCUCAGAGCAGCCCACCUUCCACGUACCAGGGGUCGUCUCCACCGUGGUUCCAGACUCGCCACACAAGCUCUUUGUCGGAGGCCUGCCCAACUAUCUCAGUGACGAUCAGGUGAAGGAACUCUUGACGUCGUUCGGACCUCUUAAGGCCUUCAACCUUGUGAAGGACAGUGCCACGUCACUGUCUAAGGGUUAUGCUUUCUGUGAAUACGUGGACAUCAGUGCCACUGACCAGGCCGUGGCUGGACUCAAUGGCAUGCAGCUCGGAGACAAGAAGCUCAUCGUCCAGCGGGCAAGCGUGGGGGCUAAGAAUGCCAACGCUACGGCCAUCAUCGAGACGCCGGUGACGCUGCAGGUUCCAGGGCUGCAGCGGCUGCAGAGCUCCGGCAUGCCCACGGAGGUGCUGUGCCUCCUCAACAUGGUCAUGCCCGAGGAGCUGGUGGACGACGAGGACUACGAGGAGAUCCUGGAGGACAUCCAGGAGGAGUGUUGCAAGUACGGCAACGUGCGCUCCAUCGAGAUUCCGCGGCCCGUCGAUGGCGUGGAGGUGCCUGGCUGUGGC